UUACUUAGUUGAAGCUAAUUUUAAUUAAAUUAAAAUACAGCCACAGCCUUUUAGACCUGGUUCAAUAUCUCCUAGUCAUGGUGAAUACAAUUUUGUUGGCAUUGACACUGACUGAUAUGAAUGGUUGCCCCUAAUCUGUUUGUGUUUAUUAGGGGUUCGUUGUUUGUCGACGUCAAAUAAAACAUUCUAAAAACAUGUCACAUCCUAAAGGGCGUGAAUGUUUAUUUCCAUUACACUAUAAAAUAUGUAUAAAAAUAUGCGAACACUAUGAAUACUUUAUAAUUUAAUACAUAAUAUUUAUCAACUCUUCAAUUUGCUCUCUCGAACCUGUUUAGACGCCAGUUUGCUGUGGGUCGCGGUCACUAUCUCUCUGUUUGUGUGUUGUUUUCGUUCAAUUAAGCGUUAAAGCUCUCACAGCUUUAGAAUUAUAAAACUAGCACUCGGUUCUCAGUUUUAAUUUGGCGGUGAACGAGAAUAGUCCCAAACAUCACGAAAAUGUUGAAAGUACGCAGUGGUCUCUCAUUAAUUCAAUCGCAAAAAGCGAUUCUAACGCUCGGUUCUCAAAAGCGCUGGCAAACUAGUACGGCAUCGGCUGAAGCUAGAGACGAUCAAGAAUGGGUGCAGGCCAAGGCAUUUGAUCAGAUCCCCCGCGUCAAUAUGAUGUCCUUGGUGAUGAAAACGUCCAUGCCCGGUGGCAAAUACAAGAACAUGGAACUGAUGGAGAUGUUUGAAGCCAUGCGACAGGACUACGGAAACAUAUUUUUUAUGCCCGGCAUAAUGGGAAACCCGUCCUUUCUGAGCACCCACAAUCCGAUGGACUUUGAGGUGGUCUUCCGUAACGAGGGAGUGUGGCCCCAUCGGCCGGGCAACCAUACACUGCUCUAUCAUCGCGAAGAGCAUAUGAAGGAGUUCUACCAGGGCGUCAUGGGAAUCAUUCCCACCCAGGGAAAAACCUGGAGCGAUUUUCGUUCCGUCGUUAAUCCCGUUCUAAUGCAGCCGAAAAAUGUGAGACUCUACUACAAGAAGAUGUCGCAGGUCAAUCAGGAGUUUGUUCAACGUAUUAAGGAAAUAAGAGACGUUAAUACUCUAGAGGUGCCCAGUGACUUCAUAGACACCGUCAACCGCUGGACCCUUGAAUCCGUAUCCGUGGUGGCCCUGGAUAAGCAGUUGGGUUUGCUUAAGGAUUCGAAUAAGGAGCAAGAGGCACUUAGGCUUUUCGAAUACCUGGACGAGUUCUUUAUAGUAUCAGCGGACCUCGAAAUGAAACCCUCGCCCUGGCGCUAUAUUAAAACCCCUAAACUGAAGCGAUUGCUGAAAGCUCUGGAUGGUAUCCAGGAAGUCACAUCGGCCUACGUUGACGAGGCCAUAGAUCGAUUGGAUAAGGAAGCUAAGGCUGGUGUGGUGCGACCGGAGAACGAACAAAGUGUCCUAGAGAAAUUGCUGAAAGUUGACAGGAAAGUGGCCAGCGUUAUGGCUAUGGACAUGCUAAUGGCAGGAGUUGAUACGACUUCGAGCACCUUUGCAGCGUUCAUGCUUUGCCUGGCCAAGAAUCCUGAGAAACAGGAAAAGUUGCGGGAGGAAGUGAUGAAGGUGCUUCCCAACAAGGACUCCGAAUUCACCGAGGCCUCCAUGAAAAAUGUGCCUUAUCUACGAGCCUGCAUAAAAGAAUCAAUGCGCGUUCGACCACUUAUCAUUGGAAAUGCUCGUGUCCUUUCUAGGGACGCUGUUCUCAGUGGCUACCAAGUGCCAGCUGGAACUUAUGUGAGCAUUGUUCCUCUGAGUGCCCUUACUAAAGAUGAGUACUUCCCACAAGCUUCAGAGUUCCUGCCGGAGCGUUGGCUGCGAAGCCCCAAGGAUUCAGGGUCAAAGUGCCCGGCCAGUGAUCUUAAGUCCACAAAUCCAUUUGUCUUCCUGCCCUUCGGAUUUGGACCUCGAAUGUGCGUUGGCAAACGCAUCGUGGAAAUGGAACUUGAAUUGGGUAUCGCGCGAAUCUUUCGAAACUUCAACGUGGAGUUCAAUUAUUCCACUAAAAAUGCAUUCCGAUCUGCCCUGAUCAACCUACCAAACAUUCCGCUCAAGUUUAAAUUUACUGAUUUGCCAAACUAAUCUAUGAUUACUCAUAUUUUAGUUAAAAUUGUUCGGCCAUUUUUUGUUGUACAGUUAAUGUAAAAAAAAUAAUAUCUUUAAGUCACCAAUGUUUAUUGCGGUCCAAAGGCAAAAUGAACAAUCCAAAACAUAUUCUACAAAUGUAAUCGAAAAUUAACUAAAAUUGUAUAUAUUUAUUUUAUAAGGUUUUAACGGAGCACCUAGCCAAUCCAUCAAUAAAUAAAACACAAUGGUUUGUCUAUACA